AAGAAGUAGUCUUACGCAUUGACAAGCAGUGAUGUCUGAUUGUGGAGUGCAGCUUGUGACGUGCACUGUGAAUGGAAGAGUUUGGGCAAGAACUGCCUUAGGUGUUCCACUUUCCUCUGUGUGUGAAACAUUGCAGGGAAAGUCCGCAGAAAAUAUGUUUCAGCACCUAAGCACAGCUGUUUUGGAUAAUCUCCAGAUGGUUAUCAGAUGUGUGCUUGGAAUUGAAAUACAAAUGCCUGAAAUUCCUGUCCCUCCAGAUUGGCUGAUGUUGCCUUUUCUGUGGAAGGAGGAUGUCAGUGACAGUCAAGGUGACAUCACAGAUAUCUGGAGAGUUAGAGGAUUUUCUGGUAGCUGUCAUUCAAGAGCAAAUGAGAAUCGGUUGCUAUCAAAUGAAGUUGUAUUGAGCACACGCUAUUGUCAUAAAAUAUUGUAUGAGGUAUUCAACUGUGGAACCGAAUAAAUCAAUAUAUUUAUAUUAAUGAAGGCCUCUGCAUCAUUUUUUUGAAAGUUGAGAUUUGUUAGAGACCUUUUCAGCUUCAAGCACAGAAGAAAUCGCAAAAGGAGACAAAAUCUACAUUAACAAAGAAAAAGUGGUUAUUCUGACUUCUCAGUUCUUAACUCGUGCGGAGUCAGACUUACUGGUUCCAACAUGAGGUCAGAAUUAUUCAUUAACGGCAAACACAAGUUUAUCGGCGAAUAUGUCACACCACGUAAUAUAUGGAAUAGCACCUCAUCUUUGCGAGAACAUUUCUGUGUGGGAAAGCUGUAAGAAUUCAAUCAGAAGAAGAAAUUAAUAAAUUUCAUCGGGAGGAAUUCUGAGUAAAUCGUACGGUUGUCUGCAGCAACGAAGGAUGACAUCCACUAUCCCGCUUUAGUCUAAAGCAAUUUACAACACUGCAUCUUUAGGAUUGUGAUAAGAUUCGAGUAGUCGAUGAACAAUCGAUAAAUCAGUCGAAAUUAAUGAGUCCA